CCCAACACGAACUGAGGACACUGACACGGCAUCCCUCACCAACACACUCAAUCGCCCAUACAAAAACAUAUCCACACUCAAGUCGCUAUGUCCUAUCCAACAAGAACCAAUCUUUCCAUGGACGACCCCAUGCGAAGUUACAUGCGUCUCUCCAACCAACAAGAGAACCUUCGUCGCCGCUUAUCUCUCCAAAUCCCCUCUUCUACUCCCUUGACCGCCCACUCUCCCGAGUCUUUCGGAUCUUCACCCAGGACCUCUCGCACCUCCUUCACCAACGAGAUCUACUCCUCGUCUCCCAUGUCUGCGCACCCAAGCCCUACCAACGCCGCCUUCGACCACCGCAGCAUGUGCACCGACAGCCAGUCCGACGAGGGCCACUCGUUGUACGAAAUCAACCAACAGAUCAAGGCCACGCUGACCGAACUUCUCAACACGGAUUCAGUUAAGCAGGACGACAAGUUCCGCGUCUGGAUUCAAGGGCGGCUGAUGGAUGCCGAAAUGGAGAUGAGAAGGCAGCGCAGACGCAGGAGUAGCGUGGAUCGUGAGAUCGCCGAGAGUAUUGCGGAGCAUUUCGAGCACGAGUCUCCUUGAUCGUAGUCUCGAUACGAUCAUCCACACGUCACUUCACUCCUUCCAAAGCAGAGCGAUUCCAGCAGUGGUGGUAGCCUGUCUUUCCCACUUGUCACUGUCCAGCGGAGCAACAUCAUUGCAACUGCAAACUCGACACUUGGAGUUUCAUAGGGGAACUUCUGACACGGCGUCUGUCUUCCGGUUCAUUUAGCCUUCAGUUCGAAGCACCGGCAAUCUUUCUCUUCUCAGCAACUGUAUUACCCACUUCUUGGACCUAGGCGUACCGGAGGCGUCAAGCGUAUUACACGAGAACAGGCUAUAAAUUAUCCACCAAAGAUACCCAAAGCAGCUUACGGACCUGUUGACGGCUGAGCUGUAACGGGCAAAGCGAAUUGUUAUUGUACAGUACCCAUAGAGCGAAAAUAGGUAAUGAAUGAAUCCAUAUCCUCAAAUUGCGUUACUAUCCUGUCUGA